UGACCAGCCUGGAUCACGGUGCUAGGGACCUGAAACAAGGACCCUGGCUGAUGCAUGUUUAGUACGGCCUGACUUUUUGAGGAGAACAAGUAUUUCUCUGAAGGCCUGUCCUCUCAAAGCAGUGCGCAGGACAAGCUUGGCUAGAAAGAGAUACAUGGGACACACAGACAAUUAAAGACUAGAAUAGACACUGCUUCAAGUCCCAAGAUUUGUGAAGGAAGAAUUGGAUCAAGGAGCCUGAAGACCAUGGAGGGAGACUGUCUGAGCUGCAUGAAGUACCUGAUGUUUCUUUUCAAUUUCUUUAUAUUUCUGGGAGGAGCGUGCCUGCUGGGAGUUGGGAUCUGGGUCAUUGUGGAUCCCACAGGUUUUCGAGAGAUAGUGGCUGCCAACCCUCUGCUCUUCACGGGAGCGUACAUCAUGCUGGCUAUGGGAGCAAUGCUCUUUCUGCUGGGUUUCCUUGGCUGCUGUGGUGCCAUCCGUGAGAACAAAUGCCUCCUGCUUUUUUUCUUCAUGUUUAUUUUGUUAAUCUUCCUGGCGGAGCUUUCAGCUGCAAUCCUGGCUUUUAUCUUCAGAGAAAAUCUGACCAGAGAGUUUUUCACCAAGGAGCUGAAGAAGCAUUACUUGAGGAACAACGACACGGACGUCUUCUCUUCCACCUGGAACUCUGUUAUGAUCACAUUUGCCUGCUGUGGAGUGAAUGGACCAGAAGAUUUUGAAACUAUUCCUCAUCUUCCAUACUCCUCUUUGGAAAAGGUGACACCGGAGGCUUGUUGCCAGCGAGAGCUCCAGAGCCGGGAAGGGAUGUUUGUCAACAAGGAAGCCUGCCUCACAGGUGUCGAGAGGUUUCAGAACCGACAGGGCUGCUACACUGUGAUCCUGAACUCCUUUGAGACCUAUGUGUACCUUGCAGGAGCCCUUGCCAUUGGAGUGUUGGCCAUUGAGCUGUUUGCCAUGAUCUUUGCCAUGUGUCUCUUUCGAGGGAUCCAGUAAGAGGUGGCCCGUGAACCACCACGUUCCCCACGUGCUCAGAAGAAAGAAGGAAAAUCAGAAGAAACAAAACCUGAAAACACCCAAAAAACUUUAUUUUUUUUAACAAAAUGGGGUAGGGGGAAAAAAAGAAAAAAAAGAGGGUUGUAAUAUAUGAAUGACCAAAAGGAUUGUACUUCAGGGGCUGGAACUUUGAGGUGAUGUGCACUACACUGUACACCGGACCCUUGCCCAGAGCCACCCGCAGCAGCCGUGGAGCAGGAGCCCAGCGCAGCUGAUUGCACUAGAGACUGACGGAGCCGGCGGGGGGAGCAGGAGGAUGAGCACAUCUGCCUCUCCUGCAAGGCCGUGCCUACCGUUCGUAACUUUAUGACAGCAAAGGACUGAAGAACAGCCACACAGGGGUUGGAUAAGGCAACAGGUUGGCCAAAGUCUGUGACUGUCCAGGUGGGUUUGAAACAAGCAGUGGUGGCUCAUCUCAGAAGUAGGUAGUCAUUGUUCGCGCGAUUCUGGCUUUAACACCCAGCCACAGAAUGAAAACACACGUUCUUCAGUGGAAGCUUUGCCCGUCACCUGAAACUUGUCAGAGAAGUCAGGCACUUCAGUGAGGCUGGCUUUUCUCUGGAGCCCCAAGCAGGGGCAGCAUGGUCUCACUUAGCAAUGGGACUCAGCUAAGGCUGGCUGAUGGUCAAGAGUUUGGUGCCUGCCUUUCUGUUUUUACUAAGAUUUACUGUUCCUUGUUGUGAAAAAGAAAGAGGGCAAAUGGUUCCUUGCUGUGUUCCCAUCUCCUGGGAAAAAUAACGGCUCUGGUCAAGAAUCAUUGAUACUGCCGCCUUCCUGAGAAGGGGAGGAAAUAGUGUUUAAAUCUUGUCGGCCUUUGCCUCUCCCUUCAUACUUGCAAAAAACGAUUUGUGGUGCUCUGUUAGCAUAAAUAUUUGCAGUGGAUUCCUACAUGCUUUCCAGCCCUAAGGGGAGUUCCAGGCAUGGUGCUGGAUGGAGGAGGCUGAGGUUUGUCAGCCGCUCCCAUGCUGUUUGCCUGAAACAGUCUUGUGGUAUCAUUUCUGCUCAGAGAUUUUCCCCUGAGAUCCUCACAUGGGCUCAUGACGAAAGCAUCAAGUCAGAAUUGUUUUAGUCUGCCUGCUAGUUGAGAGUGUUUCCUCCAUUGAGUUAGUUUGACAUUUAACUAACGUAUCAUCUACUUAAUCAUUUGGAAGUGAACUUGAGAAAGAUGUCUGGGACUGGACCUUGGUCAGAGAUUAAGGUGGAACUGCUGAGGCCCCAGGCAGGCAGCCAGCGUGCAGCCAAACCGCUCCAGCCACUGCUCCAGUGGUUGUGGUUAUCGACCCAGACAGGUCACUGGUUUCUCUCCUCUGGAAGCCUAAAUCCCUGUUGCCUUAAUUGUUCAUCUGGUCACUCCCUGACCCCAAACUCAUUGUGCUUGAGGGAGGACAGAAGGGGCUGUGGUUUCUUGUUUAGCUUACGUCUUUUUACAGAUUUUAUAGGCUCAGAUUAUGGAACACUUUUAUAUAGGCUUAAACCAGCCCCUUUAAAGGCUGUAACCACUGGCAAGGAAGGAGAGGGGGCAGAAGGCAGCAGCGAGGAGCCAAGCAGUAACCUUGUGCCCAGGUCUGGCAGCAGCAGGUGCGCCUUGCCUGGCUUACACCACUGGGGCUGUGUCCCUUCAGCUCUCCCAGUGGCACUGCACAGGCUACAGGGAAGGAAGGAAAGCAGCAGAAAGACUGGUCCAUAAUAGACAAUGAUGCUGGCUAAAUGUCCAGAUUGGGGAAUCAGGAUAUUAAGGAACAGGAAGGAGGCAUUAGAGCUUUUCCAAGCUUCAUUCGAGAACAACAGUUUGCUCAUCAGCAGGAGAGGGCCCAGGCAGGUAGAGCUGCAGCCCCCCCAUGCCGCAGUCAGCAUAUUCCAGCAACGGAAUAAGAGGCCAGGGCUGCUGAGCGGCCUCAGAUGUUGCAUUAAACCUCGUGGAAAGCUUUUCUAAACUAUUUCCCUCUGGAUCUGCUUUUAAUGAGGCAUUUUAGCAUUAAAUUCUGGUCUGUUGUUUAAUGAAGGAAAACAGUUUUGCUAGCCAAAAACCACCAGUAUUUGUACCCAACAGCAGGUGCUGCACUUAAGAGAGGAAAAAUUUGUUGCAUCUACUAGUCUUGCAGGGAACAGGCCGAGCAGAAGGCGAGCUUAUCUGUUCCGCUUCUGCCUCAGGAGCUGGUGUCAGUGACUGUUCUGGGAGGCCAAUUCCCAGGGGAGGAACAAAACCAUGAGCAGAGAUGGUAAUUUGGCUGGAGGUGAGCAAGAGAAGCAGAACUGCCUCCCCAGCCUCCAAUUUUUUCCUUUCCCCUCAGUUUAUUAUGCAAAGGCCUGGCUGUCUCAGGUCAGAGCCUGGAAGGCAAAUACACCGAUUUGUGCGUGGUGGGUGGCUGAAAGAAAAAAAAAAAAAAAGCCUUAAAGCCUUUUUCUGCAUGGGGGAAAAACUGUCAGCAUUGGGGGAACCAGAACAAAGCAGCCAGAGCGCUAAGUGAUAAAUAUACACGCCUGAAGUAGGAUCUCUGCAGGCUUAUUUCUCUUUGGCUUUCCUAAUUCUGUACUCAUUGCUUUGUCUGUUUUUAGCUUUCUUGCUUUCCCUCUUCCCUAAUGGUUGUCCCUGUAUCUUCAAAAAGAUCUCUUAUUCGUCUGUUCUUCUGGCCUUUGCACAGUUGUUUCUCCUCUCUUACUUUGUCUGAUCCCCCAUUGCUCUUUUCUGGAUGAAGACUUCACAUCCCUCUGCAGCUGGCCGGUGUGCCACUGGGAACACAGCUUGAAACCCCAGCAACGGCCCAGCAGCACAUUUUAAACAAGAACUGGAGAUAGCUGUAAAGAUACGUGGAAGUCUGAGAGGACCUGUGGAAGUUGGUAACAGGCAAAAAGAAUUUCCCUCGGGGGAAUUUAAUGAGCAAGCAAGGCCAGAAAGCAGACUCCUGGUGUAUGGCAAAGCAUGUAAAUUUGUUGGUUUUGUCCCUUGGUUAUGUGGCUGCCCCCUCUGUUGUACAAUAGUUUUCAGAACAGUAGGCAGGAGAAGCAACUGUAUUUUUAUAUUUGUUUUUAACAGCUCUGGUGAAUAUUUUGGGGUCAGGGGCUCAAGCUAGAUUCACUGCUUGCUGGAGAGCUCUGGGCAGGCUGGGGACCAGAGGGAGCUGCCAUGCUGCUGCCUCCUUCACUGUAGCACUGUGACCACAGCCCAAGAACCUUGGAUGUAAGUAGUAGAGAGCAGCCUCUGCCUGCGAGCCCACAGCCCCUCUUGGCGCCCCUGCCUCCCGGCUGUUAUUUAAUGCUCAAAUGACUGUCACGAAUGCCUGGGAAAAGGGCUGCGUGUGAAAUAAUGUUUGAAAUCUAUUUUAAAAAACUGUAAAUGUUCUUUUUAUUAGAUAGUGGAGCUAAUUUAUCCUGUAUUCCCUACUGUAAUGCUUUUUUAUAUUGAAAGGAAUUCUUUUUUUUGGUAAUAUAAACCAGAACACAAGCCUGAAGCACUCUCUGCACGGUUUUUGUGUGCGUUUCUUAAAAAAAUAAAAAAUAAAAGAAAGAUAUCGUGACA